AGAAGCUCCCGCUCCUUCUGUGUGUCCUGCGGUGUGUUUGCUGACCGCUCUGCUGUUUGUGGAUCUUUAUGAUCGAUCUGAUUGACUGAUUAAAACUGAUCGCUGUUAUCUGAUUGUUUGACCGAUCGCUCGUGCCGAUGCCUGUGCUUGCGCUGCACGCGCACCUGGCGGCGGUGCUGGAGGCGCUGAUCCGCGCGGCGGUGGCGGAGAUGAGCGUGCUGCUGCUGCGGGACGAGCACGAGACAACAACAACAACAACAGCAGCAAACAAUCAAACAACAUCAGCAGUAGAGAACGAGGAGAGACUGAAAAAGUUUGCAUCAGUCAUGGAAGUGUUGGGCAACGAGGCUCUGGGCAAAAUCAUCAAACUGGUGGACGAGACCAAGUUUCUGCUGGACCUGGAGUGCAAGACGUUUUCAGGGAAACGAGCAAAGCAGCCGGGGAGCAUCCUGAACAUCCUCUCAGUCGGAGGGCUGGAGGAGGAACAUUCCUAUGACGGAUGUGGAAGAAACUCUGAGACGAGAACACGAAACGAGGCUGCAGACGCAGAGGAUUCUGAGCGUCCCGAGUCUCCGUUAACCCUGGCUGUGACAAUCAAAGAUGAAUUUGGAAACAUUGACUUGAAGUCCAUUAUUGCGGGUAACUUAGAGCUGGCUUCAGGCGAAGGGAGACCCCCAGAAGAGGGCGGUGAGGGUGGUCAGGACACCAUAAGCUUUGGCGGAAGGCGAGCUUUCAUAUGCACAGAAUGUGGGAGAAGUUUCUCCACCCUGAGCAACCUCAGAUCACACCAGCGCAUCCACACGGGCGAGAAACCCUUCGGCUGCGUGCUCUGCGGCAAGGCCUUCGCUCACAAGCAGAGCCUCGUGGACCACCACCGCGUGCAUACGGGGGAAAAGCCCUUCCUUUGUAAAGUCUGCGGCAAAUGCUUCGGAAAGGCGGCCCACCUCAAGACGCACGAGAUAAUCCACACCGGAGAGAAGCCGUUCAGCUGCAUCGAGUGCGGAAAGAAGUUCAACAUCGCUCAGAACCUGGCCAGGCACCAGCAGACGCACACCGGCGAGAAGAGCUUCACCUGCUCCAUCUGCCACAAAAGCUUCACGCGCGCCAAGACGCUGAUCACCCACCAGCUGAUCCACACGGGCCAGAAGCCUCACUCCUGCAUGGCGUGUGGGAAGGCCUUCCGGCACGCGGUCAACCUGCGCAACCACGAGCGCAUUCACACGGACGCGCGGCCGUACGCCUGCGACUUGUGCGGCAAGACCUUCCGCCAGGCGGUCAACCUCAAAAUCCACAAGCGGAUUCAUACCGGAGAGAAGCCGUUCACGUGCAAGGAGUGCGGCAAGAGCUUCAGCCAGCAGAGCAGCCUCAUUUCUCACGGCCGCACGCAUUCGGACGUCAAGCCGUUCGGCUGCAGUUACUGCGACAAGUGGUUCAACAACACCAACAGCCUGAAGCUGCACGAGAGGAUCCACACCGGCGAGAAGCCGUACAGCUGCGAGUACUGCGGCAAAUGCUUCAGCCAGGGGAGCCACCUGCGCACGCACAAGCGCCACGUCCACGGAGGCGGGAAGCAGUACAUAUGUGACAAAUGCGGAAAGCGCUACGCGGACCCACGCAAUCUGAAGCUGCACAAGUGCGUGUACGCCUGAAUGUGGCCCAGUUUGGUGUGGAAGCCUAGAAGAGUCACAGGCUGAGGCUGAGUUUACUUCAUGUGCCACGGGUUUUGCGAUGUAGAAACCCUUAAAGGGGAACCAUUUUUUUUUAAAUGUUGGCGUAAUUUAAUUACUAAGAUGUAAACAGUCAUUCAGAGUGGUUUGGUGUGAAAUGCUCUGUUCUAGAGAAACUUUGCUAGAAUCACAGUGGAGGUGAUAGGAACCAGACGUCUGAAGCAUUUAAAGGCAUUUAAUGAAUACACUGCCUGAUGCUUGAGAGAGUUUUGAGACAUUUUGGCCCAGAAUGCAUUUUUAAAAUGCAAUUAGUGCUACAGUUGUUCACUGAAGCUUCGUCAGAACAGUUAUACACCAGUGUACCUUCAGCCUAACAUGGCCACUAGAGCAGGCGCUGAGCUUAUUUCCUCUCGUACCACCAGUGAAUCCGCCUUGAGGCCUUGUCUGCGCAACAAGCUGUGGACCAGCUGGUACUGAAGCGUUAAUGACUAAUAUUUUCCAAAUUCCAGCAGUGUCUGAUGGUCAUAUGGGGCAAAUGACUUGACACAGUAUUCGAAUUUCCUGUUCCACCUUAAAUAGUGCAACACUCACAGACAAGUGACAAAGUACAAAUAAUGCCAGAAUGCAGCUGGUGCUCUAUUUAAGGUGGAACGAAAAGUUCUAACAAAAAGCUUUCAAAUAAGAACCCAACUUCAGCUUUUCAAUAACUGACGUGAAGCAGCAUUUAGCAGUGUUUUAGCUGGGCUUGUAGGGCUCGAGUUAGAAAGGAAUAUUGAUAUAAAUAUAGUUUUUUUUUUUGUAUAUUGUUCAGUUUUGUCUUUAAUAUUUGAGACAAUAAAUAAGCCACUGUUAACAAACAUAACAAAAUUAGGUUUACCAGAACCUGUCAAAAAUUUUAAUAUACCAGGAUAUACAUUUUUGACCAUGGUGCCCAAAAUAGUCCCCAAUAUAAAUUUAUUUUUCCAAAUUUAUAACGUUUUUACCAUCAUCAACACAACAUAUAUAAACUCACGAAGUUAUUAGAUGAAGUGGUUAUGAAUAGAGAAGUUUUGGCUUAAAAUCUAGGUUGUUCUAAGGCAAAAUAGUCCCCAAAGAAAUUUUUUUUUCCAGAUUGACGACUAUUUUACCAUCAUCACCAUC